UAGCGUACCACAUGUGUCUGUCUGGAAAGUCUCGAAAUCUGUAAAAAAUAUCAUAAAUUCUAACCUGGAAAACCAAGAAAAUUACAGUAAAAGACGUAUUCAAGUAAAAACAUGAUGGCAGCCAAGCCUCCUGGACUAGACAAAAAAGACGAUCGACCAAUAAGAGGAAAAUCACCUGAUAGAGACAGAAGAAGGUUGGCAGAAGUGAGAUAUGAAACCAACAGAAUGGACCCACACUCUGUGCGUUGCAGAAUAUUCAUAGGGAACUUGGCUGGAGAAAGGAUGUCUCGCCAGGAUCUAGAGGACAUAUUUAUCAAAUAUGGUCACAUUAGUGGGUGCUCAGUACAUACAAAUUUUGGGUUUAUACAGUUUGAUACUGAAAAGGCUGCUGAUGAGGCAGUGGCCAAGGAAGAUGGAAGAAUGCUCCAUGGCAAGAAACUUGAUGUUCAUUUGGUAUCUGACAAGAGAAGGAGAGGUCCUCCUCCUCCAGAUAUUGGUAGAGGUGGAGGAAGAGGAGGGAGAGGAGGAAGAAGCAGACAUUCACCCCCACGAGAUAGAGGUAGAGAUGAUUUUGGGAGGUAUCCAUCAAGGUUUGAUCAUCCAGAGCCUGAACGCUAUGGCCGCCCAGUAACCCCACCUAGACAUGCUCCAUUUCGAGAACCAUUUGAUCGUCCUGAUGACUACCACAGAGACCGAUACAGGGAUGAACACCCAAGAGAUUCUUAUGAUAGACGUGACCUUCCACCUCCCCCAAGGGGCCCAUAUGACGACAGAAGAGAUCCAUUUGAUUAUCCACCAAGAGGGGAUCCUUACUAUGAUCGUUAUGGUGAUGUGCCUAGGGAUGCAGUACGCAGGGAUGACUUUCCUCGACAUGAAGGUCCCAACAGAGAAGAUGUCAGGAGAGAUGAUUUACGACGAGAUGCUCCACGACGAGAUGAUCCUCGCCGUGAUGACACCUAUAGCCGUUACGAUAGUUACAGUAGGAAUUAUCAAGAUGAAUAUGGUCCACCUUCAAAAAAAUCUCGUCCAGAGUAUGAUGAUCCCUAUAGUAAGCCUGUUCAAGCUCCAACUGAUUGUGUCGUUAUCGUGGUCAGCAAAAUACUGCUUGAUUAUGGUAUGUUGGUUGAGAGAAAGUUCAAGGAUUCUGGUCUAGUGACGGAUCUACAGUUUCUUGGGAUGAGGUCAAUGACAGAGUUGUUAGACAGUGUGACCCGCCAUGGGGUACUCUAUGCAGUUGUUAUCACCAAUCAACAUGAAGUACAUCGAUCCGUGACAGUCAAUAUUCUACAUGGCACUCCUCAAGAGCACAGGAAUAUGCCCCUUGAAGAUGCUUUGAGACUGGUCUCACAAAAUUUUGAACAGUACAUGCAAGACCUUCGUAAGCGAGCUGGUGAACUUGAUAAGGAUAGCACUAAAGAUAAAGAACUGGAGAGAGAACGGGAGAAAGAAAAAGAGGAGAAAGAAAGGGAAAGAGAAAGGGAAAGGGAAAGGGAAAGGGAGAAAGAAAGAGAAAGAGAAAGGGAGAAAGAAAAGGAAAGAGAGCGUGAAAAGAGUUUCAGCAGAAGUUCAUAUUCAGCCCCAACACCUCCUAAACCUGUGAGUCAGGACGGGGAUGACAUGAAAAAAUUGCUCGGCAAAGCUGCUGCUGGUGCUCAACUUUCUUCUAAUGAGCUGUCUAAGCUCAUUGAGAACUUAUCAAAACAACAAAAGAAAGCUUCUGAAAGUCAAGGACCAUCAACUAGUGUGGGAGGCCCUUCCACAUCCAGUCAACCACAACCUUCUUCUGAUGCUCAGUCUAUUGCAAAACAACAAGCUGAUCUGCAAGCUAAGAUUCUUAGUAUUUUGAAUCCCAGUACAUUGUCCAAGGUGUCUAUUGCUGGGCUGACAUCAGUUGCACAAUCAAUUUCUGGUACAUCUUCUGUUUCUUCUGCACAAAAAAAGUCUGCUGGGUCGUAUGGGGUGCCUUCGUCCAAGCCUUCAGCCCCUCUGUUUCCUGCAGCUAAAGCAAUAUCUAGGUCAACAUCCUCAAACAAUAUGUCUGGUGGUGCGUCCUCUGCUGGAGCUGUAUCUGGUUAUGGUUCAGCAGCUGCUGCUCCUGUCACCAAUCAGUAUGCCAAACCUGGAGCUUCUGAAUCAGCAGGGUAUGGAGUCCCUAAGUCAACGCCUGCAUGGUAUAGCGGCAGCCAGACAACCACUCAGCCAAACACAUUUAGUAAGCCAACUGCAACUCAAGAAACAACAUCAGCAAGCUAUUCUACAGGACGCGCCUCUUCCAGCUACGAUGUUCCGAAGGCAUCUCCAAGCAGCUACGCUGUUCCAAAGGCAUCUUCAACAAGCUACGGUGUUCCAAAGGCAUCUCCAACAAGCUACAGUGUUCCCAAAGCAUCCCCUACUAGUUAUGGAGUUCCCAAAGCAUCCCCUACUAGUUAUGGAGUUCCUAAAGCAUCACCUGUGGUUAGAGCACCAUCUCCUGCAGGUAGAGGUUCUCUUCCAAACAAUAGAGGACAUGCACCUACAGCUCGGGGAUCAUCAAUGGCGGCAUCUCAAUCUAGUUCAGCCUCCAGGCCACCACCUUAUGGACCUCCUUCUGGCAGAGGAGGACCCCCACCUGCCUCCAGAGGUGGAAUUUUGGGUGCAGGACCUAGCAGAGGAGGAAUGCCACCAUCACAGCAAGGUAAUACAGCAUCAAGAGGUCCUCCAUCAGGAUUAACGGCAGUCCGUGGAGGCCCACCAAUCUCACGGGGAGGCCCACCAAACUCCCGGGGAGGCCCACCAAACUCCCAAGGUGGCCCACCAAACUUGCGGGGUGGUCCACAUGCAGCUUCUAGAGGAGGCCAUCUCCAGUCCAGAGGACCUGCACCUGGAGGACCUUAUGGCAGAGCUGGGAUGCCUCCAAGUGGUGGCCCUCCACCACGUUAUGGAGUACCAGCAUUCAGAGGAGGUGGCCCUCCUCAUUCCAGAGGUGCACCUAUAACUACAGUUCAAGGAAGGGGCAGACCCCCACCAAGACCUUAUUAAACCUAAUAACAUCAUCUGUAGUAGGGGCAGUGAUGACUAUAUUACAAAUCUAUAGAAACAUUUUUACAAGAAUACUUGUUUUAAGUUUGAAUAGCAUAGUCAUUGGGAAAAACUGUUAUAAAUGUUUGAAGCACAUUAAAACUUGCCAAAGUACACUAGGUA